CUCUACCUGCACGCUCCAAACUGGUUCAGACAACACUCCUCUCUUCUCUUCUCCCACGCGUCCCCCAACCCUCCUCUCCGCUCCCACCUACCCUUGCUCCCCCCUCUCAUCUACCUGUUCGCUAUCCCGCACCGACCACCUCCCCCGCCACUUCCGUAAUCGCCAUCUGGAGAGUUUCGACCCGUCCUCCUCACCCUCUCCACCCCACUACACCUAGGUCUCGUUUCCGUCUCCACAACACAACUUCGUCUCUUCGCUUCCCUAGACCAUCUCCACAACAUGUCCUCAGAAGAGCCCCAACCCGGUCCCGGUCAAGAUGCCAGCCGCGUCGCCGACCAACUGGACCGCCUCAACAUCGACGGUGAGGGCGAAGUAGCCCCGCGCACCGAAGAGGAAUACGCCGAGUCGCAGCUCACCCUUCGAGCCAUUGUUUCGUCCAAGGAGGCCGGUGUCAUUAUUGGCAAGGCGGGCAAGAACGUUGCUGACCUGCGCGACGAGACUGGCGUGCGCGCCGGUGUCAGCAAGGUCGUUCAAGGUGUUCAUGACCGUGUCCUCUCCGUCACUGGCAGCCUCUCUGGCAUCGCCAAGGCAUAUGGCCUAGUCGCCAAAGGUCUGCUCGAAGGCGCUCCUGCAAUGGGCAUGGGCGGCGUUAUCCGCACGGACGGCACUCAUCCUGGUACCAAGCUAACUUCUGUAGCCAUCCGCCUGCUCAUCUCGCACAACCAAAUGGGUACCAUCAUUGGUCGCCAGGGCCUGAAGAUCAAGCAGAUUCAGGAUGCCUCUGGCGUUCGUAUGGUUGCGCAGAAGGAGAUGCUCCCCCAGUCCACCGAGCGCAUCGUCGAAGUCCAAGGAUCGCCUGGCGGUAUCGAGAAGGCUAUCUGGGAGAUUGGCAAGUGCCUCAUCGACGACUCCGAGCGCGGCUACGGUACUGUCCUCUACAAUCCUGCCGUCAGGGUUCAGCCUGGCGCUGGCCCCGUCCCACUAUCCAACGGUGGUGGUGCACCUAGCGGUGGUAUGGGCGGACGCUCGUACAACCGCACUGGUCAUGGCGCUGAUUUCAGUGAUUCGCCUCCUGCCUUUUCCCGACGAUCUGGCUCCGAUGCCGCGAGCAGGCCUCCGCCCCCAACGCAUACCGAAGAUGGCGAAGAGAUGCAGACUCAGAACAUCAGCAUCCCAUCUGACAUGGUUGGCUGUAUCAUUGGACGCGGCGGUAGCAAGAUCAGCGAGAUUCGCAAGACCUCCAACGCCCGUAUCUCCAUUGCGAAGGCACCCCAUGACGACACUGGCGAGCGCAUGUUUACCAUCACUGGUAGUGCCAGUGCUAACGAGAAGGCGCUCUAUCUUCUCUAUGAGAACCUUGAGGCUGAAAAGAUGCGUCGCAGCCAGGCCCAGGAGUAG